AUUACAGUCCUGUACUAACGUAGUUGACAUCAUGUUGAUACUGAACCGCGAUGUGCAGGAUACCUUAUUUGGAAUGGUGGUCGAAUAUGGUACCAGUUCUACCCAUGACAGGCCGGACGAUAGCGGUGGGGGUACCAGCGAGGAAGACCUCUGGUUGAAAUGGAACCAUAUCGUGACCGAUUGGGAAAACUGUUGGAAGAAGCAGAAUGCUCAGAUCAAGGAUUGGGUACGCAGGGGGAUCCCACUCCAUUUCAGGGCCAUUGUGUGGCAACUGCUUUGUGGUGCCACAGAAGCGCCAGAGAAAAAGCUAUAUGCUGAGUAUAUUAAGACGAAAUCUCCUUGUGAAAAGGUCAUAAGGAGGGACAUAGCUCGAACGUAUCCAGAGCACGAGUUCUUUAAGGAGAAGGAUGGACUGGGCCAAGAAUCUCUAUUCAACGUUAUCAAGGCAUAUUCACUCCACGACAGGGAAGUGGGGUACUGCCAAGGAUCAGGCUUUAUCGUGGGCCUGUUACUCAUGCAGAUGCCCGAGGAAGAAACAUUCGCCGUACUAGUAAAAAUAAUGGAGGACUACAGAAUGCGAGACAUGUUUAAACCGAGCAUGGCAGAACUAGGACUAUGCAUGUAUCAAUUAGAAAAUCUUGUGGCCGAACAGUUGCCUGAUUUAAAUCAGCAUUUCCAGUCUCAGAACUUCCACACAUCCAUGUAUGCUUCCAGCUGGUUCCUCACGCUAUUCACAACCGCACUUUCGUUGCCAAUGGCCUGCCGAAUCAUGGACGUAUUCCUUUCAGAAGGCAUGGAAAUCAUAUUCAAGGUUGCUUUGGCAAUGCUGACACUUGGUAAAGAAGAACUUAUGUCAUUAGAUAUGGAGGGGAUGCUAAAAUUCUUCCAAAAAGAACUUCCUGCUAAAGCAGAAUCCGAUCCUGAAGCAUUGAUGCAGUUAGCUUAUACAAUGAAAUAUAAUGCAAAGAAAAUGAAGAAGCUCGAAAAAGAAUAUGUCGUGAUAAAAACAAAGGAGCAAGAGGAAAUGGCAGAACUAAAGAGGCUGCGGCAUGAAAACAAGCAACUGAGGCACCGUUGCGAGAUGCUCGAGGAAGAAAGCAAAGCUUUGGCUGAUCGACUGGUCAAAGGACAAGUUAGUAGGGCUGAAGAGGAGGAAACCACGUUUGUAGUACAGCGCGAAUUGGACGUAUUGAGACACACGCACCUCGAAACGACACACCAAUUGGCAUUGGCCAAUGAGAAAAUCAGAUCACUCUCCUUGAUGAUGGAGGAAACUCAGACUUCGAGGCAAUCCUCGAUCGAAGAGAUCACCUUGAAACAAGAACAACUCCAACAGCGCGAGGAAAUGAUCGAAUGCCUCCAAGAAGAACUGGUCAAAGUCCGUCUUCGGGAGGCCGAAAAUGACGCUCUGAUCCGAGAUCUUCGUUCCAGGAUCCACGAGUUGGAAGAGGAUAAGAAAACGCUUAGGGAAAUCACACCUGAUAACAGUGUGGCUCACCUGCAGGAAGAGCUCAUUGCCGUGAAGCUUAGGGAAGCUGAAGCUAAUUUGUCCCUGAAAGAUUUAAGACAAAGGGUGGCAGAGUUGAGCAAUCAGUGGCAGAGGCAUUUACAAGAACACAAACAAGAACCUGCCAAUUCUGGUGAGGCACACAGUACUCCAAAGAAGUUGCUGUUCUGGGAGAAUAGGCACAGUGAAACACAGAAGUUGGAAGAGGAUUUGAUGACCACGCGACUUCGAGAGAUGGAAGCUCUGACGGAAGUCAAAGAGCUAAGGCUUAAGGUUAUGGAACUGGAGACUCAAGUUCAAGUGAGCACGAACCAACUUCGUAGACAAGAUGAAGAGAUCAAAAAACAACGUGAGCUUCUCGAAGCUGCAGAGCUGAGGGACCGUGAAGCUGCCGCUCGACUUUUAGAGGAACAAAGGCGAUAUUCAGAUUUAGAAAGUAAAAUGAAGGACGAACUGAUGCGUGCGAAGAUCAGUGAUGCUGAAAAAACUCAAGCGGUCGCUGAGUUAACACAAAAGAUCAGCCAGUUGGAACUAAAGAGCCAGGAAAUAGCCACGGAAGGUGAACUGAGGAUUCAUUCGGUGGACGAUAGCGACAAAGUUAGGGAAUUGCAAGACAAAGUCGCCGAUCUACAAGCAGAAUUUCCCACGCCUAUCACAAGUCCGGACACUGAGCCUUGGAAGUGGCUCGAAUCAUGAGGCUAGAGUCGAUGAAACGUUGGGGCCCCGGCUCUCUGGGCAACAGUCGCCUGUCAGCUGGCGACAGAUCCUCCUCAUUGGACAGCACCGACGACGACGCCAAGAUCAGAUUGGAUGAUCCCACUUUGAGAUUAAACAUCGCCGAGUCACCGACCGGUUCCAAAGAGAACUGCUUCACUGAUAGUACGACAGACAGCACCACCAAGAAAGCCAAUAAUCCUAAUGCAACCCUCUGACGACGAUGUAUCUCAUGAAUGAUUACGCACAUAAUGUUUUUUGAUGUGUCAGUCAGUGUCCAGUUGAACCCACUAUUAUUCAGUCUACUUUGUAAAACAAUCUUGAAAAACAUGUAAUAUUAAUUUUGAGGAAAAUCCUCUACCUGACCAUAUGAAGUUUGUCUGGUCAAUUUCAAAACCAGUUGCGAUUAGAAAAAUGUUAAUAUGUACGGAUAUGGCAAAUCCAAAAUGCAGUUCAACACAGUGUGACAUUUUACUACUGAAAAUCGUGCAAAGUUCAGAUUUACCACGUCUGUUCAACACACUUAAUGAAGAUGUAUAAACUUCAAUGAAUUACAAAUAUACCUAAAAGGUUUAUACUUCUUAGUUUUUCUGAACACUGGAGGCACAGGCAUCUUUUGAGAUAGACACAACGAUUUAUACAUAAUUUUUAUUUCACUGUUAUCGAAGAUUUCAAAAUGACUGUAACAAUAACAUCUAAGAGAAUUUCUUUUGGGGUCUCCAUUAACUGUGAAAACAAUAAACCAAGAAUUUAAAAGCGCAAAUUUUUUACAACAAUAAUUAUGGUUUUGAAACUUGGUUCAUAAGGUAUUUGAAUAGCUUAACAUAUAAAGUUGGUACGUAACUGCAUUUAACUUUUAUAGAGAUUCAUUUCUAGAAUAAAUAGUGCCAACUUGUAAAGGUUGCCUGUCUUUAUACAAAAACGCAAGUAAAAUUGUAUAUAGUGGUUUAAAACAGCAAUGUAUAUUAGGUCGAGACUAAGGUGAACAGUGAACUGUUCUGUAAAAUCUCAGAUUUAAAAAAAACGCUUCUGUAGAAUAACAGAAACAGUGAAUUAAUUAACUCUCUGGAAAAUCGUAUAAUUGACACAAUUUUCAGAAUAGCUGUUGCUGCCCCAUAUUAACUAGAAUUUUUUGUAUGACUACUUGUGAAGUGAGAUUUUUUUGUACUUUUAGUGCAAUAUAUCCAUAAGUAUUUAUAAAUGACAAGUUUAUACGAGUAAAAUAACUAAAUAAUAAUUGUAGAAAACCCAUCAUUUCAUUAAAAUUUUGGCGCUAGUUAGGACCUACCUGGUCAAAGUAUGUGAUUCGAUAUAUGUAUAAGGUAGAUGUAAAUAGAUAACUUUGUAUUCUAUAAAAUGCAGGGUUUAGGGUUAAAAAAAUGUUUGUUGAAGAUUCCGUUUUAUGUGUGCAAUUUUAAAAAAGUGAAAUUUAUAUUUUUAAUAUGUUUAUUUAUGUUUUUUACUGAUACAUAAAAGAAUAAUUUUAUUUUUUAAGUGUGAUAUUAGAGAUGAUUUUUAUAUUAAAAAAUAGUAUUUAUUUAGCGAUUAUGUACUUAAUUUUCUUUCGAUAAACUGAUUAAGGGUAUUUUGAAUACAAUUGAAUUGUGCAUUGUUGAAACAUCAAAUCUUGUGGAAAUAAUUAAUUGCUCAUCAUUGCUGUUGAAAAGGCUAGUAAUGUGUACCCAAUAUGUGCACAUGUUGAAUUGAGUAUAUUACAUUGUUUGAAUUGUUCAUUCAGUUUGAAAUAACCUUAUUCUUCGAAUGUUAUCAAUACAGUAUGGAAGGUAGUGUAUAUUUGGUAACCGUUAAUAAAUGCAGGGUAUUUCUUAAUGGCAUGCUAAUACCUAAGGAGGUGAUUGAUGAACCCAUUUUAAAAAAAUCUUAUGCACAUAUGUCCUAAAUGUCUUGACUUUUGAGAUAGAGGGCAGUAAAUUUUUCUGAAAUAUCUGUGAUACUAUUUCAGAUAUCUUUAGAAAAUUCGGUACCCAUCUUUUAUGUAUCAUCAUUAUGUUUUCUGUUGUUCAAAUAAUUUGAUUAUUAUAUUGCUACCAGUGACGUCACUACGGGUUUUGCGUUGAAUAUUUUUGGAGAAAAAUUGGUACGCCACUGCUUUCUCUUUAAAUAAAAACCAUCUUUGAAAUCUGCAUUCAUUUCUAGGCAAAUUUGAUAUCAUUAUUUUCUUUUUUCCGUAUCAUGGUUUUCGCAUAAAAAAAAAAAUCGUUAUAAUUCAGGGUCAGAUCGCUAAAAGUCUGAUUCGGUGACUGCUGUGAAGCCAUUUUAAUUUGCGAAUAACGGUACAUCCAAUAAGAAAAAUAUAUUUUUUGAAUUCUUAUUCAUUUUUGACCAAAUUUGAUCACUUAUUUUUCUUUUAGCUGAUGCAUAAUCGAUUUCUGCGCAGCGAUUUGACCCUGAAGUAAAACGAUUUUUGUUGUUUAAAACUAAAACCAUGUGCCAGACGAAAGAAAAUCAAGAGAUCAACUUUGCUCAGAAAUGAAUGAAGAAUUCAAAAAAGGUUUUUAUUUAAAGAGAAAGACGUGUACCAAAUUUUAUAAAGAUAUCUACAAUAGUAUCAUAUCACAGAUAUUUCGAAAUAUAUAUUUUUUUUCUAAAAACUUUAGCGCCCUGUAUCUCGAAAGAUGAGACGUUUUUUACAUACAUACAUAUGAUUAAGGAACGGCGUGUAUAUUGAACCAUCAUCGGUCGUACUAGUUUAAUCAUAUUAGACGAACAUACCUCUGGUUUGCGAAAUAAUUGUAAAGCUUUUUUUUAUUGAUGCAAGUUGUUCAAGGCGGUAUUCAAAAUAUCCACGCAUAAAAUGGGUAUACCAAUUUUUGUGGUGAAACUUUUUAUUCGUCAACAAAGAAUGAGAAAACGUGUUUUUUGGGAUUCAAUCGAAAAUUUUGGCAGGAACGAAAAAACUCUUCUCAUAAGAUUUUUAGGAAUUUAUGAGGCGUUCAAAAUGAGACCACACGAAGAAAGAUCCGACUAAUAGCAAAAAAGUUAUGGCCGAAAACCGAAGCAAACUACAGGUUUUGGCAUUUGUUGGUAAUGCGACGAUUGUUUCUCGCAGAUAAUUGAAAUUCCUCAAAUUCGUAGGAUUCGUACUUCUGAACAACCACGACAAAAUUUAAGUAGGUUGGUCAAGCAGUUUUUGAGAAUUUCUAGUUGCUUGUCCCAAUAUACAGGGUUAGUUCAAAGGGCAUUUAAUAGCAAAAUACACUUACCUUGCCGAUAUGAAUCGUAAACCAUUGGGUAACGUUUUUUCUUCUAAACAAAUUCAAACAUUUCGUAUUUAUGAUUAAAUAGCAACAAAAGGUUAUAGACACAUCUGCUUUGUUUUAAAAUGUGUAUAGUAACGUAUAUUUUUCGAAUACCGUAGCGGAUUAGUUGAAUUAUGUACUCACAAAUACGAAAUGUUUGAAUUUGUUUUGAUUCAUAUCGUCAAGGUAAACACGUGUAUUUUGCUAUUAAAUGCUCUUGGAACGAACCCUGUAUAUUGCUCAAUCAACUAGUAGUGAAAACAGGUGUUUUGGGAUGAACAAUUUGAAAUUAUCAAAAAACUACUUGACCAAUAUACCCCAAUUUUGUUGCUGUUAUUUAGAAGUAUGAUCCUACGGAUUUGUAGAAUUUCAAGUAGUUGCUUGAAAUUAUCGUCGCAUCACCAACAAAUGCCAAAACCUGCAUUUUGCCUCGUUUUUCGGCAAUAACAUUUUUGCUAUCAUUCGGAUGUUUUUACGUGUGGUCUCAUUUCGUAAGUCUCAUAAAUACCUAAAUAUCUUAUAAGAAAAGUUUUUUCGUUCCUGUCAACACUUUCGAUUGAAUCUUUUUUUGUGCGUCGUUGUUUUAAAUACCCCCUUGAACAACUUGUACCAAUAAAACCAGACUUUACAACUACUUUGGGGAAAUUUGCUAAUAUGAUUGGAGUAUAGAGAGAAGUGGGAUAACACCAUGGGAAACAGUUAUAGUAAAAGGUAAAACCUUUGAAACAAUUAAUUUGCAAUAAUGGAACCAUUGAUUAACUGGUAGCUUGGUGCAGACAUACUUCACCUUAAUCGAUUAUUCUGCAAUAAGAAACCAAAUGAACUAAUUUAUAAGCAGCAAAUGAUUUUUUUGUCAUACAGACUUAUACCAAAUAUACACUAAGCUUACGAAAAAUAAACUUUAUGGGUGGACAUGAUCGUUCAGUCAGUGCUAUAGUGUAUCUUAUGACUUGCGAGAUAUGUUAGACAUAGUGAACUUUUCUAAUAUCAAUAACUGUGUUAACUAUACCGUCUUUCAUGUCAAAUGACAAGCCAGUUCGUCUGAGUAAACGACUCAAGGUUUUCCAAAUAUUCAGGGUUCUUUUCAGACAGGUUCUGAAUAUCCUCUGAUACGUGGUCUUGACUCGGAUCAGUAAUUUUACCUCAAAGUCAAGCAUUAUUGGUAUCAGAAACCGCACAAAGCAAGCUGCGGCCGGAACUAAGACUUAUGAAUUUGUUGUAUAGUAGCGCCAAACUUGGAUUUUGACAUCAUUAAGCUUAUGAUUUAUUGAUUGGUUUAAAAAAAGCAUUACAUUUAACAAUAACUUAUUCAAACUCCAUUAUUGAUGUCAAAAUAUGAAUAAUGGUAUAGAUUCAUAUGCCUUCACAUAUAUUUGCCUCCAUUUGCUGAAUGUUUUGGAAUCUCCUUAGCAGUUUCUGUCAUUUGAUUUGAAAACAUUGAUAGUUUUGCGGAUGCAAAAGACCUAGAUGUGAAUUUAAAUGUUUGUAGAGAUUAUAUAACAAAAAAACCAUUAAUAGCAUUGAAAUAAAUGUUGACUUUUUUCUGUGUCAUUUUUACUAAUGUGGGAAAGUUAUAUCAGUUUACAAUAACUGGCAUUUAUUAUCGUUAUUUCUGCUUAAUACAUACUAUUUGUAAACAUAUCUAAAAAUAUUUCUGAUAUAAACAAAUACAUGAUGAUAGGCCAAAUAUUAUUGAACAAUAGACCAAUUUUUAUGUAGAAGUUGAAUCAAGCAUAGUAGUGGGAAAAUAUAUUCAAUUACAGUCCAAAUAGAUCUACACAGUGGUCAUUAGCAUAAAAAUAUGACUUACGACCACAUCAAAGCAAGUUUCAAUCGCCCUAUAAACAAAAGUAGUUUUGUCUUUAGGAUUUAUGUAACUAAGAGACAUUCUGCAUAGAACAUCGAAUUUUUCCUUAGUAACAGCUGUUAGAUGAUUCAAAAAUGUAAAAAUGACGCACACUUACAGGUAUUUAAAUAUGUUCCUGAUCAUAAUAGCUGUUCAUCACAAAUUAUUGAAGUAAAUAGUCUCUAAUUACAUGGUAUUUACAACCUUCUACGAGGGCUGACAAGAAAUUAAAUCACGAGGUAUGUGACGUUCCGUAAAUGACUUGCUGAUCUUUGAAUUGUAUUUCAAGAUUCAAGUGAUCUUGUAAUUUGUACAUUUCUUUAUCAUUUCGAAAAAUCUAUUUAGAGAUAUCUUUCCUAAUUAUGGAAUCAGGCCCAAACUUCUCAAGAUUCGCAAAAUGUCUCUUCACUUCUUCCGACUGGGUAAGAUGUAUUUGAUAUCUGAUUCUCCCUUAAAGUAACUUUUAAAAUUGAAACUGAACGGGUCAUUCAUACGCAAGCAGUUUCUUGUUCAUGUUAUGAAACUAUUUCAAUAAUACAUCAAGAAUAACGAAAACAACAGUUUCACUGCAGGAAAAAGGAAAAUACCAUCCAGUGGUUGGUCAAAAUUGCAUUUUAUCACUCUCUUGGCACUGUUAGAACUUUUCUGUUAUCCCUCGUAUAGAUCCAUAAAUCUCGUCUGCAUCGUAUUUCAGUUGUAAAAGUAUUAAAUUUACGUUAUAUAAAUUCCAUGCAUAUGUAUCAUAUAUUUUAUAUGGCAGAUUUAUUUUGUAUGAACUUUUUUUGGUUAUGGAUUAUUUGAAAUAAAACGAUACAUCGUCAGCAAAAACUGGUUAUUUUAUUUCAACAGCGCUCGAUGAUCGCGGUUACCUUUUAGCGAUAGCGAAAGCAAACAAGGUGAUCCUGAACGUGUUUCACAUGCUUUUGUUAUCGCGUAAUACGACGUGUUUUCAUUGCUGAAAUCGUAUUACUCAUACCAGGUAUGUGGCUGUUUGAGGAAAAUAUACAAAAAGUGCUGGAGGAAAAUUCGGAAAACACCAAUUUCGAGUUAAAGGUACGGACUUUCAUAUAUUUUAUCUGAUCUAUCUAAAUUUGUGUGGUUCCUCUUUACCAACUAGUUCUUAAAAGGUCAGCAUCCUUGUAAUGUGUGUUUAUAAGCAUUUAAACUUAAACUCGACUCAUCUGUUUUUGACUGCUUGUUUGAGAUCAACAAUAAGAUACCAUCAUGUAAGA